AUGUAUAACUUCAUCGAUGCUGGGAUAAAGCAUCUGUGUGAGACUUAUGGUAUUGAUAAUUUUACUUUAAGGUUUGCCUUAUGUUUAUUAGGUUCGUUCCCAUUGAAUGCGAUCUUGAAAAGAUUACCAGAUAAACGUGUCAAUUUGAAAUGUAGCUAUAUUAUCUUCAUUUCUUUCAUAUAUUUAUUUGGUAUCAUGAACUUGCCUUCAGGGUUUAGGACAUUAUUUAUUAGUUCUACAUUUACAUUUCUGAUUACAAGAUUUUAUCAUUCUGCAUUUAUGCCUCAUGUUAAUUUUGUAUUUGUCAUGGGUCAUUUAGCUUUGAAUCAUAUCUAUGCCCAUUUUGUAUCCAAUUCAAGUAAUGUUAACAUUAACUCUCAAAUCGAUAUUACAAGUGCUCAAAUGGUAAUGGUAAUGAAAUUGACCUCUUUUGCUUGGUCAUAUCAUGAUGGUACUUAUUUAAAUAAAGAAGAAUUCGAUUCCCAACUGACCAAAUAUCAACAAUCAAGAGCUGUGAAAAAUCAUCCUUCAUUAUUGAAAUAUUAUGCAUAUGUAUUCUUCUAUCCUACUAUAUUAACAGGACCAAGUUUUGAUUUUGUUGAUUUUGACUCUUGGUUAAAUUGUGAAAUGUUCAGUGAUUUACCAGAAUCUAGAAAACCAUUGAAUAGAUAUCAUCACAGUGAAAGAAGACAAAUCCCAAAGAAUGGUAGAUUGGCAUUUAUGAAAGUUAUUCAAGGUUUAUUUUGGAUGGUAUUAUAUUCUUUCCUACCAAAAUAUAUUAAUAUCGGUACUGUCCUAAAUUCAUCUAUGUUUAUGUCUCAUAAUUUCAUUUACAGAAUACAUUAUAUGUACAUUUUAGGUCUAGUUACUAGAUUCAAGUAUUAUGCUGCAUGGACUAUCUCAGAAGGGUCCUGUAUCUUAUGUGGUCUAGGUUAUAAUGGGUAUGAUAAGAAAACGGGUGAAAUCAAAUGGGAUCGUGUAAAGAAUAUUGAUAUAGUCGGUGUAGAGACAGCUCAAAGCACCAGGGAUUGUCUAGAGGCAUGGAAUAUGAAUACUAAUAAAUGGUUGAAAUAUUAUAUUUAUUUGCGUGUGGCAAAGAAAGGUACCAAGCCAGGUUUCCGUUCUACUUUAUUUACUUUCUUAACUUCGGCAUUCUGGCAUGGGUUUAGCGCAGGUUAUUAUUUAACGUUUGCUACAGGUGCCCUUUAUCAAGCUUGUGGUAAAUUUUACAGAAGAAACUUUAGACCAAUAUUCUUGAAAGCAGAUGGCGUUACACCAAGGAAAUAUAAAUGGAUGUAUGAUUAUUUGGGUAAUUAUGUUAUCAAGAUUUCCUUUGGUUACAUGAUACAACCAUUCUUAGCAUUAGGUUUCAAAGAUUCAUUAAACGCAUGGGCAUCUGUAUACUUUUAUGGCCAUAUCAUUGUCCUUACUUCAUUCUUCAUUUUCAAAGGUCCUUAUGCUAAACCUGUAAUUAAAUUCUGUAAAUCGUUACAACCAAAGGAAAUUGAGGCAAUAAAUCAAAAGAAGGUCGAAAAAGAUAUUUCAAACAGUUCUGGUUUGUUAAGUGAAAUAAUUAAGGAUAAAAUUGAAUACGAAAAACAAACUGCAAACAAUUCUGAAGAAGAACUGGAUCCAUUAGAAUUACAGGAAAUGAAUCUAGGUAUUCCAAAUCUAGAUGAUGCAGAUUGGGUUGAAGCAAAAGAAGAUUUCAACAAAUUCAUCGACGAAUAUAAUGAAUGGAAGGAUAAAAAGGGUCUUGAGAUUGAAGAAGAGAAUUUAUCAAAGGCUUUCCAGAAUUUCAGGAAGGAGUUAGCUGAAACAGCUAAUAGUGCAUCUAACACUACAAGGAGGAUGAGUUUUAGCAAGUAUUCUCCAAAACCAGUCUCUAAGAAAAAUGAAUAA